ACAGAAGCUGGAGAGUCCAGAUGCAUGGUGAGUACGCAUAGAUGCUUGUCCAUCAUUACAGAGCGAGAGAGAGUGCAGAAUGCUAGUGUGACUCCUGGUGAAAAGAAAGGGUUAAAUCUCUCUCUUUAGUGUGGUGUGUGUGAGUGAUCUCCUCAACAGCUGCGUCACAUCUAGAGCACAGAGAAAGAGAGGAUAGUGGGGUUGAUGUGGAGCGUUCUGAAUAGGAACACUUUAGAUUCCGGACUCCUGUCACUCCUCAGUGACAUCAUGUCUGUUCUGGUUCCUAGCUCUAUGGUUCUGGUGAGCCAGAGGGCGCCGAUGCCCCCUCAUCUGCAACCAAGACACCUCCUGCCUCUUCUUCUCCGUGUCAUUCUACUCUGCCUCCAUGGAAGUGCCUGGCCCCACGAUUCCAGAGGUGUGGUGGAUGACAAGUGUCCCAGCUCAGAGUGGAACCACAUGUGUGGGGACUGUUGUGAGUACCACCUGAUCCAGUGUAGGUGUCCCUCCCAGGGUGCACGGGUCGGGUACUCCGUCCCCUGCUGCCGCAAUGAACUGGACCAGUGUGACCCCUGCAUCAUCCACCCUGGCUGCAGUCUGUUUGAGAACUGUAAGACCUGUCACAAUGGGACGUGGGAGGCCAAGGACGAUUUCUUCAUCCGAGGGAGAUUCUGUACAGGCUGUCGUCAGGGUUGGGCAGGUGGAGACUGCAGGACAUGUGGAGGGGUGAUUCGUAGAGCCCAGGGCCUCAUCAUGUUGGAGAGUUACCCCAUCAAUGCGCACUGUGAGUGGAGGGUGCAGGUAGAGAGAGGGGAGAACGUGGAGCUCAGGUUCUCCAUGCUUAGUCUAGAGCCUGACCUCAACUGUCACUAUGACUACGUGGAGCUGCGGGAUGGUGACAGCCUGAGCUCCCCUGUCAUUGGCCGGUUUUGUGGGAAUGAGCUGCCUCCACCAAUCAGAACCUCUGGAACCAGGCUGCACGUCCUGUUUGUCUCAGACGGCUACAACAACUUUGAUGGCUUCUUUGCCACUUUUCAGGAGAUCUCGGCGUGCAGCCCCUCCCCUUGUCAGCACCAUGGCACCUGUUUCCUGGACCCAGUACAGUCUUUUCGCUGUGCAUGUCUGGCAGGUUACACAGGUCAACUCUGUGAGAAUGUUGCUAGGAGACAGGUGUGUGUGUUGCCGGCGAGGCCCGUGAACGGAGAGCUCCUCUCUGUGUACGGCCUGGGGGAUGAACUCCUGGCUGUUCAGUACCUGUGUCACCCACCCUACACACUGAGUGGCACCCCUCAGAGGACCUGCCUGCCCAAUGCCACCUGGAGUGGCACAGUGCCCAUCUGUGGAAAGGUAGAUAAAGAGCCCAUUAGACCCAGUCAGAGGGGUGCAGACCCAGUCAGAGGCCCGGGGGGGUGUCCUCCUCCAGCCAGGCUGCACCAUGGCUACCUCCAGCUGGUCCAGGGCUCUGGGGGAGGUCCUGACACAGUGGACUACUUCUGUAACACCUCCUACAUCCUGAGUGGAGGCUCCCGGAGCACCUGUCUCUCAGACGGCUCGUGGAGUGGCCGGCGACCACUGUGUGUGAGAGCCUGUCGAGAGCCUAAGGUAUCUGAGCUGGUGAGACACAAGAUUGUGAAGCCAAUGGCCCCAUCCAGGAAAAGUCCAGUCCACAGGCUUUACACCUCGUCUAGGCAUAAGGUCUAUGACCCACCCUCCUCGGGGAAGCUUCCCAGCACCCAAGACCCUACCCUGGGGGAGUUACCCCGUGGUUUCCACCACCUGUACACCAGCAUUGAUUAUGCGUGUGCCCUCCCUCUCUACCAACACCGUGGUAGCCCCCGGCGCACCUGUCUGAAGACAGGCAGGUGGAGUGGGCGUCAUGUCUCCUGCUCGCCAGUGUGUGGUCAACUCCCAGCAGCCUUUAGCCCUCAGAACCUCACUGAGAUUGGCUGGCCCUGGCAUGCAGCCAUCUACCUACGCUCCCCCAGCAUCCGCAGUGCUGGCUCUAGCCUACAGGGGGCACCAGAGGAGGCCUCCUCUCCCUGGCAGCUGGCGUGCAGUGGAGCUCUAGUCACCCAGCUCAGUGUGCUGGUGGCAGGUCACUGCCUGGUGGUUGCAGGAGUGAGCAAGCCCCAGUGGGUAGAUCCAACCAACAUUAAAGUGGUGAUGGGAAUACACAGCCAGGGCCAGAUGAAGACACUGCAACAACUGCAGGUUUCCUCUGUCUUGGCUCAUCCCAGCUUCGAUCCUGUGACACUGGACUCAGACCUGGCUGUUCUGAAGCUACGGGACAAGGCCAAGAUCAGUGAGCGUGUGCUGCCCGUGUGUCUCCCCAAAAUGCAAGGCGGGGAGGUGACCGCCACACAGGGCUAUGCCACAGGCUGGCUCCUUGCAUUUGACUCAAGGUCCAGUUCCAAACCCAGCGUAGCCGGCGAGACAGCCCAGACUGGAGUGGUCGAGCUGGGGGAUGUCCUUCAGUGCGAGAGGCAGUUUGCUCUGAGCGGGGCCCCUGUCACCAUCACUGACAAUAUGCUGUGUACAAUGCACCACCCUCUCAAUCCCACCAAGCCUUGUCCCACUGUCAGUGCAGGCAUCACAAUCAUACCAUCUCCUGCCACUAAGCCAUCAUCGGGUCCUUCGGAGGGACAGGGGGACAAUAGUGUUGUCUGGGAGCUUCUGGCUUUAGAAAGUUUUGGUUAUGAGAAAUGGAACUGUGGCCCAGUGCUUUACACAGUCCAUGCCCGGAUAAAAAACUUCAAAGACUGGAUAGAGAAAAACAUGAAGUAGAUCUCUGAUUUGACUCCAUGUCUCAGCCACUGUCACCAUCAUUGACAGUCUGUUUUUAUUUUCUAACAACUCACUUCCUCACUGUGCGAGUUCCCUGAAAUAGAUGGCAGGGCUAAGCGCUUGGCAGUGUAUUCUGCUGAGCCAAUUGGAAACUUCCUAAGACGAGAUGUGGGGAGGACAGUCAUCCCUGGCACUAUUUACUAUUAUGUAUAUUUUGCACUAAUUACUAUUAUGUACACUGAACAAAAAUAUAAACGCAACAUGUAAAGUGUUGGUUCCAUGUUUCAUGAGCUGAAAUAAAA